CAAACAUGCUCUACUCCUCCAUCUUCUUCGCCGCCUCGGCUCUCUCUGGCCUCGCUGCCGCCCAGAACUACACCAUCGUCCCCUCCUCGGUCGACUCCACCACCAGAGCCAACUGGUGCCGUGCCCAGACCAACACUUGCCCCGUCCUCUGUGGCAGCCAAUUGCUCAAGGCCAACACCUGCGACUCCACUUCGCUCACAUACAGCUGUAUCUGCAACAACGGUCUCGUCCCCGAUCUCGCCGAAUACGUCAACACCAUUCCCACCUUUGAGUGUGUCGAGUACAGAGGCCAGUGCAACAGCAACAACGUUGGUAACGCCACCGCCCAGGCAGAGUGCCUUGCCCUUCCCUGCGGCAACAAGACUGCCUCCAGCCUUGUCUCUGCCACCUCUUCCGCUGCCUCCUCCACCGGCUCUGCUUCUUCCAGCUCGGGCUCCGUGGCCAGCGCUACUUCCGCUGUCGCCAGUGGCGCUUCGUCUGUUUCCGCCAGCGCCUCGUCUGCUGCCGCAACUGGUGCUGCUAGCUCUCUCACCGUCGGCAAUGGUGCUCUCGUCGCCUCUCUGUUCGGUCUCUUUGCCUACGCUCUUUAAGUGGGUAGUCUGAGUAGACACGGAUUGUGAAAGCGAUGGACUCCUUUGCGAGAAGUAAUCACGGCACAUUAUACGAAUGGUACCGGGCAUGAGAGUAGGCGUUUUUAUUCACCACCAGCGACGGAGUUGGUAUUUUGGGUCGAAAA